AUGGCUGAGACUGAAGCAGCAGUUAACCCGAAGGCUUACCCAUUAGCUGAUGCGGCAUUGACAGCUAAGAUUUUAAACUUGGUGCAACAGGCCGCUAACUACAAGCAGCUACGGAAGGGUGCCAAUGAGGCCACAAAAACUUUAAAUCGAGGUUUAUCGGAAUUCAUUAUUAUGGCAGCUGAUGCAGAACCCUUGGAAAUUGUUUUACACAUUCCAAUACUUUGUGAGGAUAAGAAUGUGCCAUAUGUGUUUGUGAGGUCUAAGCAGGCUUUGGGACGAGCUUGCGGUGUAUCACGUCCCAUAGUGUCAUGCUCCAUUACAAUCAACGAAGGCUCACAAUUAAAGCCUCAGAUUCAAAGCAUUCAACAAGAGAUAGAGAGACUCUUAGUG